GCCGCCGUGUUUCUCAGUACCCAGCCGGACACGUCUCGAGAAGCACGUGUCGCCGUAGUAUUCCAGCUCUCGCUUUCUCCUCAGCCGUGUGUUUAUCCGCACAACAAUACUAUAACGUAUAGAGAAAAAACGCGUGGAUAUGCCUGCCAGCGGGAGGUUAUGAUGCGACUCGGCGAGCGCCAUUUCGCGUCUACUACACCGCGGCCAUCUUGUCGACGAGGGAUGUUCGAUGUUUACAUCGCCGUUGUUCGGUGUGUCUAAUAAUAUGCGGCUGCCAUGUGUGAUGAAGUGUUCGAGUCGCGUGUGAUGUGAGUCGGUACAAGUAAUAUCCUCUCCGAGUUGUUGUUGCUGCUGCUGCUGCCGUUGUCUUCUCUCUCGACAAUUCUCUGCAGCGUCGUGUGCGAGGGGAGAGAACCGAGAGUCUCCGUGUGUAUCCGUAUACACAGUAUACACAAACAGCGAGAGGAGGGAAGCUUCGGAGAUAUAGAGGGAAGAAGAGAAGAGAGAGAUGGACGAGCCGGAGACGUGUUACGGGCCGGGCAGCGUUGCCGGCGCCGUGAUCGGUACCUUUCUCACCACCUGCCUCCUCGUCGUCGUCGCCGCGCUGCUCUACAGGCAGUGGCGCAGGAAUAAGGGCAAGCACCUGGUACUGGUGACGGACCCAGAAAUCGUGGACGAGGCCUACGCGUUUGACAACCCUUGCUUUAAGGACUCGGCGACACCAGCUGGUGGCCGAAGUCUCGAGCGUCAAACCGUCGCGAUUAGUACUCACAAUGAGACUCACCAUCAUCACCACAACCAUAAUCAGAACAGCUCGACACCCAAGGACUCGACGCAGAGAUGGUCAACGCCCUGGGCCAACCUCGGCAAGCAAGAGAAGCGGAGAACGCUGGAUGACUCGUGCCUUGGGCCGAAGGCCGCCGCUCGAGUAAGCGUCGUGCAGCUGAGGAGCCGAGACUUCACCGGGCUGGGAUUCAACGUCUGCGGUAACAUGCGAGAGGGCAUCUUUGUCAAGGACCUGCUUCAUCGUGGACCUGCCUCCGAGUCUGGUCGCAUUCAUCCAGGCGACCGAAUCAGCAGCGUAAAGAUCAGCUUCCGUUCGAUGGUCUACGAGGAUGCCCUGACGAUCCUCUCCUACGCCUCCCCGUACGACGUAGAGCUAGAGGUCGAAAGCGGCACCGGAACCAUCUCCAAGCCCUCGACUCUGUUGAAGAAAUCCGUGGGUCCGAGUCCGACUCACAUCUGUCAUCCUCUGUACCGCAGUCAGUCCAUACCUGAUCUGUCGAAUUCAAGUCGCAAGAACAUAACCUCCAAACGUCUCUUUGCGGCCGAGCCCAACGACUCGAGCUACUCCAACUACUCCACCAUGAACUCGACCCUCAAGUCUACCAAAUCGACUCCUGGCACACAGACCCUUGAACGUCGGCACGAGGAACUCAAAGCUAAUAAUCUUCAUCAGCAGUCACAACCUAAGUUCGGUAUCAAGGUUUUGCCGGCGCUAGAUGGCACUGUGCAUCGGAUCGAGAACCAGAACGAGCACAAUACCAACCUGGAGAGGCGACACUCGAAGAAACUCGAGACUGUGAGUAUAGAUAACAAGAGACACUCGAGUAACGGGUCGUAUGUCCAUACCCAGGAUGAGGCUGGCAAUCACAAGAUGCCGAAUAACAGAGUCAGCGAGAAUCUGCAACAGAGGAGUGCAGUUGUGCCACCGGUCACCGGUGUCAAGAAGGUCAUUCAUGUCACGGAUGGCAUCGAUGUGCCCGAUCGCGCUGCUGAGCUUGUCAAGGACGACUCGAAGGCAGCCGCGCUGGUCAUACCCUCGGAAGUCCCGGCGGAAGUGCACAACGCGGCGAUGGCCGCCCGGAGGAACCGCAAGAGCUCCAACAUGGAGUUAGCGGACGUCCAAAAGAUUCAGCAGCAGGUCAACGAAGCUGCGGCUACUGCGGUACUGGACACGAGUGACGCCAAGAGUCCUCAGAAGGGCAAGAGAAAGGCACCGGCGCCACCUUCGCGAACUGCUUCGACCGAAUCUAACGGUGAGGAAGGCAAAACGACGCCCGACGAGAAGACGGCCAAUGGCGUCAGCGACCAUAAAGAACACGACCAAACGACCAACUACGUAAAUAACGCACAAUCGACGAUGGAGAAAUCAAGCACCAAGGAGGACUUGAGCAAAGAGCACCUCGACGAUGUAGAAGAAGACGAAGCUUCCAAAACUGACUCAAAAAUGCUUCAGGAUCGAGUGAAGCGUAUCAACGCGAACAACCGACGCAACUCAGAGUCGGACACCGACAGCGAGCUGCAGAAUAACAGCUUCACGACGAUCGAACUCAACCCGUCGGAUAUCACGGUACAUCACACUCCAGUUCAAGAAAUCGCGUCCAAGGACCAGGACGAUGACGUGGUCGAGGACGAGGACGGGUACCGCAAGGCAGCAAGUCUCGGCGACCUUUCCAAGUACAACAACGCCAAUGACCUCAGCAAGGCUGCGAUGCUCGAGCGAGCACAGAGUCUCGACAUGACCGACAGCAGUAACUCGAAGAAGCGCAAGGCUCCGAUGCCUCCACCCGAGGACAUUCACGAGUCCACGGAAGAUCUUACCAAACUCGGCGAUUCGUCCAAUCGCAAGCUCAAGAAAUCUAGUGAGUGGGGCACUCUCGAGGACGCCAUCUGGAGCGGUGGCGCCACCGUCCUUGAGGACGAACCCAUCAAGGUCCGCAAGAAGAGUAAUGCCGGUGGAAGCCUCGAACGUUCAAAGUCCAACGUCGAGAUCAAAUCGACUGAUCAGGCAGAGCUGAGUCCAGAACCACUCAACGUCUCGGAUGGCGCGAUCGAGACCAGUCUUGAGUUGUACAAUCUGCCACUGAGCAAGAAGCUUACCCAGGAGUUCAUCCAGGCUGAGCGGCUAUUUGAUCCUGCAGAGGACAACGCCCUGGCUAGACUCGUGAAUGAUGGAAGGGUACUGAAGAGUCCCACUGCCGAGCAAAUCGAUGAGAAGUUCCGUAGAGAGUAUCCUCUUCCGGAUAUCGACGACGAGGAUCCGGUGGAGGUGUCGGAGGUUGAGGUCUUGAAGGUAGAGUUGGAUGCUGCGGUUGACAAAUCGCCUGAGAUAGCCGACAGCUUCGAGAAGGCCGUGAGGUAUUUCGACUUAGCCACAAGAAACGAGCCAAUAAUCCCGGAGGCGGACGUCGAGACGAAGGUUCAGUUACCCGAAAAUCCAGAAGACCUGUACGCCGGUAAGAAGGAAGUGGUCGAGGAACCUAUGUCCAAGGUAAAACUGAACUAUGGCUGCCCAGGCUGUGACCACGAUCACGGCCGGCACAGCGAAAACUGCACCAGACACAAGAAGUCAACAACCGACGAAGAGCCGGUCUCCUACCAUCAGACCAUCCGAGUCGAGGACGGUUUCGAAACCCACUUCGCCAAACCCAUUCUGAACCUCGCGGACUCGGGUAAGAGCGACGAAGACGACGACGAAGACAGCAAACCUCCAUCUCUACAGCAGCACAACGUGAGCAAUGUCAGCGUAUCCAGCGGCGAGAACAGCGAGGACAGCGGUUUGGCGGUUCGCUCGACGCCCCAGAAGAUGACCUACAUCACCGAGAUCCAGGUGUCCCCCAUGAGCCGAGACGGUGACGCCUCCAGCGACAACGAGGAGAUCGUUCAGAUCUUGGAAAACAGCACCAAAAAUCUGAAAUCUCCGGAAGCCACGUCCUCCUCCUCCGUAACGCUGAACGUGACGUCGAACGGAAAAUUGCCGGCCGGUAAGAAACCACCGGUACCUCCACGACGUUCGGACGCCACGAAGCAAGUGGUCUACGUGUCGGAAUACAAGUCUCCGGAGAAAAGCAAAGAGGCAGAUGGCAACAACAAAUUUGAGAACUGGGUAUUUUUAAAGGACACUGGAGCAUCCAAUAAGGAGAAGACGACACAGCAACAGCAGGAGGAGAUCAACCCGUGGGGUAACGGCUCAAGUCCGUCGCAACCAGUGACGAACAUCGUGCUGUCAUCCAACUCCGCUGACGAAAAGAUCUUGCGCAAGUGAUGGACCUGGCCGUAAUGGUUUUAUUGUUGUUGAAGUUGUUAUGUUGUUGUUUUAUGAUUUACGAAGAGAAACUUAUAAACUCGGCGAUGCCUCUCUCGAGUAGAUGUUUUGAAGCUAUACGGUUAUCUGUACGCUUGCAUUGCUUUGUUAUUGCGAAUCAGUCGAUGAAUCAGAUUAUUUCGUUAUAUCUGUGCCAUAGAGAGCGAGAGAGAGAGAGAGAGAGAGAGAGAGAGAGGGGGUGUGGUGGGGCGAUUAUGUUGAGUCGAGAGAGAAGAUUUUUGACAUAUUGUAUCGAGUGUGAGGGAGAGAGAGAACCGCGUUAUUAUUAUUGUAUAUAGAGGCCAGUGUGUCGAUGCGUGUAUGCGUGUAUUUUAAUUUGUCUUAGACUUAGCGCAUAGUAGUCCAGCUGAUCAAUUUUCAACGUAGCUAUUAAAUGUGAGUGUGUUACGUUGCUUGAGAUUUUUAACUGAAGAAGAAACCUUAACGGUCGACCGCUUAGUUGUGUAUCGAAGAGACAAUAAGUGAUCGUGGAGUCAGAAAAAGAAUUAUUAUAUUUCUAUACAGUAGCGUAUUUAUAAUUGAAAGAAAAUCCUAUUUUAGCUAGAUUGAACAUUCCGAACGAUGUAAACCAAGUCGAAUAAAAGAAAAAAAAUGAAUAAAACUGUCGUGUGACUUUAAAAAUCUUAGUAGUGUUAAACGAGCGAUUCGUUGGCAUAUAUACUUUUAAUCAGUUAAAUUAACUAAGAUAUUAUGUAGAAGUAUCAUCCAUAGUUUGGAGCUACUUAAAAGAUAGAUUUAUUAAAGCAUCACGCAAUAUUCGAGGAAAAAACGGACAAUGCAAUGAAGCGUUUAGCUUCGCGUAACAAAUUUAAUUUUAAGUCAAUCUUACUGAUUUGUCAAUUGUUAAUAAUAAGCUUAGUCAGUGGAAGGACUAAAUGUUGGCUUUGCUUGUCAGUACAUGGAUAUAUAGAUUAUAACACUUUGAACAAUAAACUUUUGUAAAAUAA